UUGGAGCUGACCUGCGCCUCUGUAAACUUUCUGCACACCAGUGUCUGCACAGACAGUCGAGCGUCAGAGCGCAUCUGCAGCUUUCCUCUCACGUUCGCACAAACUCCGGCUCUUUGAUCCUUUAUUCUGAACCCUCUGUCAGUUGUGCACAGCGGGAAUGGAGCCCAGCGGGAUCUUGAUAAAAGGAGGCAAAGUUGUGAAUGAAGACUGCUCCGUGAUCGGCGACGUCUACAUUGAAAAUGGGAAAAUAGUUGAAGUUGGACUGAAUCUUCUGAUCCCAGCGGGAGUGCGAGUUAUCGAUGCCACCGAUAAGCUGGUGAUCCCGGGCGGCAUCGACACUCACACGCACAUGGAGCUGGCGUUCAUGGGCACCAAGGCGGUGGAUGACUUCCACAUCGGAACUAAGGCUGCUCUAGCAGGAGGGACAACAAUGAUCCUGGACUUUGUCAUCCCCCAAAAGGGCAAGUCUCUCCUGGAGGCCUACGACUGCUGGCGCAAGACGGCUGACCCCAAAGUUUGCUGCGACUACUCGCUGCAUGUCGCCGUCACGUGGUGGAGUGAUAAGGUCAAGAAGGAGAUGGAGACUCUGGCCAAAGAGAGAGGAGUGAAUUCUUUCAAGAUGUUUAUGGCCUAUAAAGAUGUGUUCAUGUUGGCGGACUCAGAGCUUUAUGCUGCCUUCAGCCAGUGUAAGGAGAUCGGAGCUAUAGCUCAGGUGCAUGCUGAGAAUGGAGACCUGAUAGCAGAGGGAGCUAAGAAGAUGCUGGCCCUCGGCAUCACGGGGCCCGAGGGCCAUGAGCUGUGUCGGCCAGAGGAGGUGGAGGCUGAGGCCACCCUGAGAGCCGUCACCAUCGCUCACGCUGUCAACUGCCCGCUCUAUGUGGUCCAUGUCAUGAGCAAAUCUGCCGCCAAGGUGGUGUCGGAAGCACGCAGAGAUGGUCGUGUGGUGUUCGGGGAGCCCAUUGCAGCAGGGCUGGGCACAGAUGGUACCCACUACUGGAACAAAGAGUGGGCCCAUGCUGCUGGCUUUGUCAUGGGUCCUCCACUCAGACCUGACCCCAGCACCCCUGGGUACCUCAUGGACCUGCUCGCCAAUGAUGAUCUCAGUGUGACAGGAACAGACAACUGCACCUUCUCCGUGUGCCAGAAGGCCCUGGGCAAAGACGACUUCACCAAGAUCCCCAACGGAGUGAACGGCGUGGAGGACAGGAUGUCUGUCAUCUGGGAGAAAGGAGUGCACAGCGGCAAAAUGGACGAGAAUCGAUUUGUGGCCGUCACCAGCAGCAACGCAGCAAAAAUCUUCAACUUCUACCCGCAGAAAGGCCGUAUCGCCAAGAACUCGGAUGCUGAUGUGGUUAUAUGGGACCCCAAGUUGACAAGGAAGAUAUCAGCCAAGACCCACCACCAGGCUGUGGACUACAAUAUCUUCGAGGGCAUGGAGUGCCACGGUGUCCCUGUCAUCACCAUCUCCAGAGGCAAAGUGGUCUAUGAGGCGGGGCAGCUGAAGGUGUCUCCGGGACACGGCCGAUUCAUCCACAGAAAACCCUUCUCUGAGUUUGUUUACAAAAGAGUCAAGCAAAGGCAGCAGGUGGGGAAACCUACAGCUGUGACCAGAGAGCCCUACCAAGGCAAAGUCAUUUCCAUAUGAACGACUGACCGAGAACAUGCAAGGUACCCUGAGCUCCAGCUGUGUGUCUCCAGAAGAUGUCAAAGCCAAAACAACUGAGCCCUGUCUCACUGAUGAACCUGCUCUGAGUGGUUUAAAAUAUGGUCUUAUAUUUCUGCGAGUCACACAUACAUUAUUCAGUCAUUUAAAUCACUGUGUGCGGUAAAGGUGGGGGUGUUGGCCUUUGGGUCAACUCUGAUCAACACUAUGUCCUGUUGGCAGAUAAUACCUUUGUUAUAUUUGCUCAACUGUGUGAGGUUUCCAGGUCUGCUCUGCUCGGUACGCAGGUCAGUGGAUCCCUAUCUGCUGCUGAAAAUCAUAUUUGCUCUAACAUGCAUUAUGCAAUCAAGUAAUUCACUGUAAGGAAUUAAACUACGGCUUAUGCACGAUUUCAUGGUUUAAAACCGGUGGUGAUUAGAAAAGAGGAUCGUUUAUAUUUGUGCAUAUUGUGUUAUGAAUGAUACAUAUUUCUGUAAUAUAUAAAAAUAACAAAAUUCCCGUAACCUUAA